UUACGUGAGCGCAAGGGCUUAUGUCUCAGGGAGAAGGGUCAAUAGUCGGUAUGUGAGCGGGAAGUUCUGGGCGACCGGUGACACUAGCAACUUGGCUUUUGUAUGCAUUUGUGGCAGGGGCUCAUCAGUAUCAUGGCAGCUCACCUCCCUGGUUCUCGGAGUUGCCUUUUCAGAGCUAUCUGGCUCCGACGGCGGUUUCUAAGGACUGCAUGUUUACUGGAGAACAGCUCCGCCGUGGGAACGGCUUAUAAGCCUGGCAAUGCAAGGAUCGCCGUGUAGGACGGACGGACGUGUUCAUCCCGCACUGAGGCAGCAUGAGUGGUGCUGACUCUACGACUGCUACUGUAUAUGACAUAGCGCCCACUAUCCUUUCGCGCUAUGCAUCGACCACCUUGUUCAUCUUCGAUAUCCUGAUAUCUAUUACUGACGAGGUAGAAUAUGUCUGGAAGGCGAAGUGGACUGUUCCGAAAGUCCUGUAUUUCAUCUCCCGAUACUUUGGACUUGCCGCGGCCAUAUUCUCCUGCGCACUCAAUCCUGUAGCAAGGAGUCCAGAGAGCUGCUCUCGAUAUAGUAUAUUCAACACAACAUGGUUGCUUCUGGGAUCGGCAAUCGGUGAUGCGCUGCUGCUAUUACGAGUACUUGCAUUGUUUGCGGAUCAACAAAAGACGCGCCUUGCUGUCAAAAUAGCAUAUGGAGUCACCUAUGCCAUCGAGACAGCAUUCCUGAUUUACUAUUUGGUACAUCCUUCCUACGCGCAGCCAGGAUCGACUGCGUAUGCCGGUAACUUGGGUUGUGUGGUGACCGCAUUAACCAAUAACGCCACGAAGCCCACAAUUUCAGACAUCAUACUAGCCAUAGCGAGUGUUCCUAUCAUUACGUUCAAUGCUCUUCUGGUCAUUCUGGUGUUCAAGAACAUUCUGCCCGCGUACAGAAGGAACGUGGCUGUUGGUGUUUAUACUCCGCUAUACGUCGCCCUACUCCGAGACGGAGCCAUGUACUUCGUACUAAUAGCAGCAAGCGGCAUCUUCAUCAUCAUUUCCCCGAUAGUUUGGUACAAUCGACCAGAUCGGAAUAACGCGGGCGUUCCGUGGUUCAUGGUCCUCACACCAGUUGCGGCCUCUCGUCUCUACCUCAAUUUGCGUGCCUCGGCUGGCAAAUCUCGAGAAGUGACUGAGUUUGAAGAGAUUGAGGAGGAGAUUAAUUUCAGUAUCCCACGGACAGAGACGACGUUGACUGAUUCCCGUCCUUAG